CAGGACUGAGGAGAGGAGCCCAAGCUUAAAGAACAAGACACGGAGGGUGCAUAGAGACCCCGGUGUCGAGAGCCUGUCACCGCCGCCCGCCGGCACUCCCCUUCUCAUGCAAGAUGCUCGGGAAGAGCUGAGCAAGCGAACGCGGGUUCAGAUUUGCAAUCUGGAUCUGGAAGCCUUUGCUCUCAGGCAGUUGCUUAGCCGCCUAAACUCGGGAGAGGACCCUGUGGCCGCGUUGCUGGGCGAAGCCGAGCCGGGACGCGGGGCCUAGACAGAGCAGGGCCUGCGGUUGUUUGCCCGCCGCGGAUGCCCCUAUGGGGCUGGAAAUGGAUCCUCUGCUCCACGCUUGGAGUUACUUCAGGCGGAGAAAGUUCCAGCUCUGUUCGGAUCUGUGUUCCCAGUUGCUGGAAAAAGAACCGAACGACCAGGCUGCGUGGUGCUUGAAAAUACGAGCUUUAACGGAAAUGGUUUAUGUGGAUGAAAUUGAUGUGGAUCAGGAAGGCAUCGCUGAGCUGAUGCUGGAUGAAAAUGCUAUUGCACAGGUUGCACGUCCUGGUACUUCACUGAAACUUCCUGGAACAGGUCAAGGUGGAGGUCCCAGCCAGGCUGUCAGGCCAGUGACUCAGACUGGAAGACCCCUUACUGGAUUCGUACGACCCAGCACCCAGGGUGGACGACCAGGUACUAUGGAGCAAGCCAUAAAGACUCCAAGAACUGCUCACACUGCCCGUCCUGUGACUAGUACUUCAGGAAGAUAUGUCAGACUUGGAACGGCCUCUAUGCUCACAAAUCCUGAUGGCCCCUUCAUCAACGUGUCUAAGUUGAACUUAAAUAAUUAUGCGCAAAAACCAAAGCUGGCAAAGGCCUUGUUUGAAUACAUUUUUCAUCAUGAGAACGAUGUUAAAAAUGCUAUAGAUCUGGCAGCAUAUGCCACACAACAUGCCCAGUUCAAGGACUGGUGGUGGAAAGUGCAAAUUGGAAAGUGUUAUUACAGGUUAGGAUUAUAUCGUGAAGCUGAAACUCAGUUUAAAUCGGCUCUCAGACAACAGGAUAUGGUAGAUACAAUAUUGUAUUUGGCAAAAGUGUAUUCCCGCUUGGAUCAGCCUUUGACUGCUUUAAAUGUUUUCAAGCAAGGAUUAGAGCGGUUUCCUGGAGAAGUCUCCCUUCUUUGUGGCAUUGCCAGGAUCUACGAGGAAAUGAACAACAUUUCUGCAGCUGCAGAAUAUUAUAAAGAUGUGUUAAAGCAAGACAAUACUCACGUGGAAGCCAUUGCAUGCAUUGGAAGUAACCACUUUUAUUCUGACCAGCCUGAGAUAGCAUUGCGGUUUUACAGGCGGCUCUUGCAGAUGGGUGUUUAUAACUGCCAGCUCUUUAAUAACCUGGGCCUCUGUUGCUUCUAUGCCCAGCAAUAUGACAUGAUUCUCAGCUCCUUUGAACGUGCACUCUCACUGGCUGAAAAUGAGGAGGAGUCUGCAGACGUUUGGUACAAUUUGGGUCACGUAGCUCUGGGAAUAGGGGACACAAGCUUGGCUUACCAGUGUUUCAAACUGACCUUGACCAACAACAAUGACCAUGCGGAAGCUUACAAUAAUCUGGCUGUACUGGAGAUGCAAAAAGGUCGCGUGGAUCAGGCAAGAGCCUUUCUACAAACAGCUUCAUCAUUGGCUCCCCAUAUGUAUGAGCCACACUUCAAUUUUGCGGUGCUUUCUGAUAAGGUUGGAGACCUCCAGAGGAGUUAUAUAGCUGCCCAGAAGUCAGAGACAACUUUUCCAGAACAUGUGGAUACGCAACAACUCAUCAAGCAGUUAAAACAACACUUUGCCAGACUUUGAUGAAACACUUGUCAUUUGAAAAUGUAUUUUAUUUUUCUCCAAAGCUGCUACACUAGUGCAAAUAAAUAAUUUCUCAGAAUAUUUUUAAAACAAGUAUCAGUUAUGCUUACCAGAAGUGGACUGAAGUUUCUUCUCUUCCCCUAUUUGAACAAACUGUUUCCUUAGUUGAAAGGGUUCAAAGUAGAGAGUAGUCUACUUGAUACAUCCAGUGGCUUGGCUUAUUUCUGAAUGUAAUUGUUAAAGCAGGGCAAGGUUUACCUCCAUCCAUGUUGGAUUUCCAUGGAGGAGUUGCCAGAUGAGGGAAUACAUCCUACCCUUGUGUGGGUGUUGCUAUAUGUAUACAUUUAGUUGAUUCCUUUUUGAAGGUAGCAUCCCCCACCCACACCCACCCCUUUUUACUGCCUGGUGAUAAUGGUGUGUUGCAUAGUUAAUGGGCUCAAGUGUGACUUAUCAAGUUGUUUAACUUGUUGCAACUUAGCAGGAAGAACCUAGAUUGUGUAAGGCACGGAAAGUGUGUCUACUCAGUGGGUGGGGGAUGUAUUUGCAUCCUUGUUCCGCCAACUGAAGUCUAGAACAGGGGUUCCUCACCUUGGGUUCCCAGAUGUUGACCAAAGACCAUGGUGUCUGGGCAGGAUGGGAGUUGUAGUUAGGAAUGUGCAUGGAACCGCAGUGGGAUGGUUUGGCACGCACAGGUGCGUUGGGGACUUUGGGCCAUAUCCAGCCAGUGGGGGCAAUGGGGCGGCAGGGAGGUACGCUGCCACCUGAUCAGCUUUCUUAACAAAGGACGCCGGUGGGGGGGAAGUGGUGGAAGGGGUAAGUGCACCCUCCCCCACUCUUAAAGCGGCACCCCGGUCACCUUUGAACUGGCAGAACUGCCGGUUCUUUGAACCAGUUCGGAGGUCCAUAAAGGGCCUCCGAACCGGCUCCCUGCACAUCCCUAGUUGUAGUCCAACAAUAUCUGGGGAUCCAAGGUUGAAAAUGUCUGUUCCAAAAUAAUGUGGAACUUUAUUAGUGUCCUUCCCGUGCCCAUUCGUCCACAAGUGUUCUUGGGGACAAUGUGUACUGCACAGUGCAGGAAUAGCAAUUGUAGUUGAUGGGAAAGGAACACACUUUGUCCUACCAGCACCAUCAGACUAGGACAUAAGGGCCAAGUGUAGGGAGCAGGAAACUGGUGCUUUCUUCCCCUUCAAAGUCAAAAAGUUAUAAAGUGUGCAGAAAGACUAUUGAGUGGCGCUGUGGGAUAGGUCCCCUUGAGAAGGACAGGCAGAAGCAGUAGAGGUAAGGGUGUCUUUGAAUACCUCCCUCUUUUGACUUGGUCAGAUUUUUAAAACUGACUAGCAGGACUUUGUUACCUCACAUCAGUUGGGGGAGGAGAGGGAAUGGCAAGAAACAUAGGAAAAUGGGGCAGGAAGUACAGUGAAAGGAUCCUUUUCCACUGCAUUGGUACUGUUAAAUGUAAGUUCUUUGGAUUGUAAAAUGGCAAUUCUGUUCCCAUUAGGUUCAUUUGUACAGUCAGAGAUGGACUUGUUUUCAUGUUACUUCUAGUUUUAUUUAUCAUUAUAUGUAUAUUUAAUUUUAAAGUAAUUUAUAAUACAUUAUCAUACCUAA